UCCUUGGCCUGACUCUUUCUGCGCCGGCUGGAAGUGCGCAUCACGGCGCGCGGUGUGUGGGCGGCCCUGGGGCCUUCCAAACCUGGCCCCUGCCCUCUACAGUCAAACACCUGGCGGUAGGAAGAGUGUCGCUUUCUGAAUCCCUUGUCUACUGAAUUGACGCUACUUUCUGCUGUGGCCUCUGAUGCUGCGAUUGUUUCUGCACCGGGGUGCAAGGAGAUAGGUCUCUGUUCUUUGCGGACCGGGAGGGAGGGUGCGGAAGGCAGCGUCUCCGAGAGUCCUUCCUCCUCCCAGUUCUCCUCCCACUCCUUUUGCAUCCCCCGCCCCCUUCUUGCUCUGCGCCUUCUUCCCGACUGCAGGCAGACCAGUCUAUCCCGCCGCAGCGCCGGAGUCUGGGCAGCCUGCAGGAGGCACACACGCCCACACCCACUCCGCCUGGCCGCAUCCCUACUCAGCAUGUCGGCGCUCGAGUGGUACGCCCACAAGUCUCUGGGCGACGGUAUCUUCUGGAUUCAGGAACGCUUCUAUGAGUCAGGCAACCGCGCCAACAUCUGGCUAGUGCGAGGCUCGGAGCAAGACGUUGUGAUCGACACAGGCCUGGGCCUGCGCAGCCUCCCGGAGUACCUGUACUCUUCUGGCCUUUUGCAGGACCGCGAGGCCAAAGAGGAUGCGGCAUGCCGGCCACUGCUGGCUGUGGCCACUCACGUGCAUUUCGACCACUCCGGCGGCCUCUACCAGUUCGACCGGGUGGCAGUGCACCACGCCGAGGCCGAGGCGCUGGCUCGCGGGGACAACUUUGAAACCGUGACCUGGCUGUCCGACAGUGAGGUGGUCCGGGCUCCGAGCCCCGGCUGGAGGGCCAGGCAGUUUCGAGUGCAGGCGGUGCAGCCCACCCUCAUCCUGCAGGAUGGGGAUGUAAUUAACCUUGGUGACAGACAACUCACUGUUAUGCACAUGCCUGGUCAUUCCAGGGGCAGUAUUUGCUUACAUGACAAAGACCGAAAGAUUCUCUUCAGUGGAGAUGUCGUCUACGAUGGAUCACUGAUUGAUUGGCUCCCCUACAGCCGGAUAAGUGACUAUAUUGGAACCUGUGAACGUCUGAUAGAAUUAGUGGACCGAGGUCUGGUAGAGAAGGUGCUUCCUGGGCAUUUCAAUACCUUUGGUGCUGAAAGGCUUUUUCGAUUGGCUUCUAACUAUAUUUCAAAAGCUGGGAUAUGUCACAAAGUUUCUACCUUUGCCAUGCGAUCUCUUGCAAGUUUAGCCCUACGUGUAACAAAUUCUAGGACCUCAGCCUAGUAUCUGUACUGGUAAUCCCUUUUGAUUAAUUCUGUAAAUUAAUCCAGUUCAUUUUGUGUUGUUUAAAGUAGUGAGCAUUUCAAGAAGUGCUUUUAUACUACUAUUGUAUAUUAGAGGAAAAAAGGUUGAGAAUGAAUAAGCCAAAAAAGGAACUUCUUAGUUUAAUUUUUUUUUUCUUUUUUCCAAAUAAGAAACCACUUAAAUAAGCUUAUAAUUUGCCAAAGCUUAUAAUUUGACAUCAUGUUGUAAUGUUUGCUCUAGAAAUGACAUAGAAGUAUAUGGGGAAACGAGAAGCAUUUUAUAGUACAAGAAAGAACCAUCCAGAAGUUCUCUUGUGGCGCAACAAGUUAAGGAUCCAGCUUUUUCACUCAGCAACUUGGGUUGCUGCUAUGGUAUGGGUUUGAUCCCUGGCCCAGGAACGUCCACAUGCCACAGACAUGGCCAAAAAUUUAAAAAAGAGAGAAAGAACUAUCCUUGCCUCUAAUUUAUUUUAUUUCCUAGAUGUCCUAGGAAAAAGGGCAUAAAGGGUUUUAUGUUUAUAUUACAAACUUAAUAUUUUUAGUAUAUUAUUUAAAGAUAAAGGCUUUGGGUUUAAAAUACAUUAGAACUCAAAACAAAUAUUUAAACUAAUAUUUGGAAUGACAGGUAAAACAAUCCAUUGUUAUGGUACGGAAUUUUCAUGUUUAAUUUUAUUUAUUUUUAAUGUAAUUAUAGUGUACAUUAUGUGUUGUGUAAUUUACUUACAAAAAGUACAAUGAGUUUUGUUUUAUUGCAAAGCUUUAAAUAUAAAUUGCAGAGUGCUUCAGUAAAAAAGCUACUAUAUAUUGUUGUUUGUUGUUAUGUAAGUGUAAUAUUUUUAAUGAUAAAAGUGAAAUUCAAAUGUCUGUCCUCUACGAAUUGUCAAAUUUCUCAAAAGGACACUGUCAGGCAAAUUUGAAAAUAUACACAUUGAGAAUAAUUUUUAAAUUAUAUCCUAUUUUAAUAAUAAUAGCUAUUAUAAACAAAAAUUUUUUGUUAAAUAGCAGCUUCAGUAUAUGUGUCAUAUUUUAUAGUACCAAAACAAGUACAGAGAUCUACAACAUCCUGAUAUAAACCAUUCUUUUACUUAGCAUAACAUACAUAUGAACCACAGCAGGCUUUUCAAAUUAAUUGCAAAAUGUGCAUUAGAUAUGGACUUAGAGUGAAUUGCCUUUUUUAUCCUGAUUCACAACACCUAUUCCUGUUCAGUAUUCUUUGUCUUAAAUGAAAAGAAGUCUACAUUUAUAAAGUUAUAGGAAAGGUUAUCCCACUAUUUAGUAAAAUGUUUUGGUUUGGUGCUCUUAAUAAUUUAUUAAAAAGCUUUUUGGAAUAUUUCAUAAAGGUUUUUCAAACAAUUUUUCAAUGCCUUUUUAUUAUUGACAUGUCCAAAACCAAACUUAGAUAGCUUUGGAAAUCAGAUUUUUUAGUAUUAGGAAGGUCCAGUUUGAUUUCUGAAAAAUUAUGAAAUGUUUUCUCCCCUACACCCCACUCAGGUUCUUUAGUCUUUUAUUCAUUCAACCCCCCCCGCCACAUGCAUAUACAUAAUCACAUACAUACAUGCAUAUAUUGUGCUAAACACUGUGGAAGCUUAAAAAGUCAGAGACUGUGUUGUAGCUGGAAUUAGAAGACAUGCAAAACAUGAGUAAUAAUAUAUGGAGGUUGAAGUUAAUAUAAAUUAUACAUGAGUGUCAGGACAUAAAUGGAGGGGUGUGAAGCUUGGUUAGGGAAAGGUUCCUGGGGGAGGAGUUUUUAAGUCAGAUUUGGAAGGAUGAUUUGUUUGGUGAUAGGGAUAGGCAACAAGAAUAGGGUUGUUUCUGCAUCUUCAGUGCUACGAGUAGGGAUGGAAGCAUUGCUCUCUAGAGUAGGCAGUUCCUUGUGACAGUUUAAUUUUCAGGAGUCUUAAGUCUUCUAAACACCAAGUAUUUAGCUUGACAAAGAUGGGUUUGUGAUUGUGUAUGUAAGAAUCAUCCUUAAUGACUGACAGGCUAUACUGCCACAUGUCACCAAAUGAACCUUUACUUAAAAGCAGUAAUGAGGCCAUAAGUAAGGUGUUCAAAUGUAGAAUAUCAUGCGGGUUUCUCUGUGAUAGUCACUCAAGGCAGUGGGUCUGUUUUAAUUGAUGGUGCAACAUCAAGAGGAUAGAUUUGGUUCAGGGCAACUACAAUCACUUAAUGAGCCUUAAAUAUAGCCAUUAUUUUUAUAACAAUAGCACAAAAGAAAACCAAAAGCCCUUAACCACUGACCAUUUUAUCAUUUUUUAGGACUUUUUUUUUUUAAUCAGGGUAUAGUAGGCACUAAGUUUUAUUGGAAAAUAUUUGAACCUGAUGAAGGCUUUCCUUAUUUCUUAAAAGUGUGAUUCUUCAAAACGCAUUAUUUUAUUUUUAAAUUUCCUAAUUAUUUUCUAGUUUUUUCAAAUUGUACCAAAAUAUAAAACUGUGAUAUUUUGUUAUUGCUUCAAUGUGAGUAAACUGGGGAAAGGCUGUAUCAUUCAUUUAGAACCCAUGCUACGCAUUUAAAAAAAGGCAUUAUUUUAUUUAAUCCUGGCCUCAGUGCCAUGAAGUAAUUGACCAGCCUAACAACACAACUGUGGACAAAGCUGGUAACCGAACACAGGUCUGUCUGCCUUCCAAACUGUGCUCUCUUAUACCUGCACAAUAACAUAAAAUUGGCAAAGUCUAUUUUUACUUUACAAGAUGCCACAUGUGCCAAGAAUAAAUCAAGUGAUGUUAAAGCAUAAUAAUAGCAUAUUUUAAAAAAGCUUUAGAAAUAUGUAUUUUCACCCUGACAGUGACCCUUGUUGUAAUUUAUGGUUUUGGGAAAUAAUAGUAUGUAAGUAUAAUUCAAAGUUGUCAAAAUAUAAGCCAUUUAGAAAUAAGUUGUAGUAUUUAUUUUGUUAAUAACUUAAUUUUUGGAAAUUCAGUUUCCUUCUUUGGUGUUUAUUUUAACUGAGAAGUCCAAAACAAACAAACCCUUGUGUGUUAUUCUGAUGUAGUUGAAUAAAUGAUUAUGUGUAGUUGUUCUUAUAUAGAUAGUAACAUGAAUGUGACAUGCACAAAUUGUCCUCUUUUAAUUUUCAGAUAAGUGUAAGUAAACAUUUGUGUGAUAACUAUUAAAAGUGAAUAUUUUAUUUCAACCUA